UUCAACCUUUCCCGUCAAACUCCGGUGAAUCGCAUCGUGUAAUGAAAAUGGAUAGAUCACAAGAAAACACAACACUUUUUGUGCGAAAUAUCCCUUAUCACUUCACAAAGAAUGAACUCGAAGACAAGUUUUCAGAGUACGGCCCAAUCAAGCAAUGUUUCAUUGUUAAUGAUAAAGUUUCAGGAAAAAGCAGAGGAUUUGGAUAUGUCAAGUUCACUUUAUUGGAGGAUGCAAAGAAAGCAAAGGAGGGUAAUAUAAACAUCGAGGGUAGGAAAGUCUCUGUAGAUUAUGCAGAUAAAUCCAAGAAGAUAAAGAGACCGCCAAGAAAAAUUAAGGAGAUAAAAGAAGAAGAAGACAUUGAAGAAUCGGGUGAUACCAGUUUUGACAUAGAUGACAUCAAGAAAGAGGAAGGUGUGGAGGAGAAAGUUGGGGAUGAGACAAAGAAGGGUGGUCAGUCAAUGAAAUACCAUAAUGCAAAGAUAGUUGCCCUGCGAGGACUUCCUGCUGGUAUAUCUGAUGAAGAGUUGAAUCAUUGUAUAAACAAGAUGGGUGUAAAGAGUAUGGCAGAGUGCAAGUUACAAGGCUGUGGUAAGGAGGCACAUCUGAAGUUUAAAUGUAUUAGAGAUGCCAAAAGAGCAAUAAGAAAGUUACAUAAUCAUUCAUAUAAAGACAGUAUGUUACAAGCUGUUCAGAUGUCUGAGGAUUUUUCUAACAAACGGCAAAAUGUUCCGAAAAAGUCACGGGUGAUUGUUAGAAAUCUCUCUUUUCAGUGCAGUGAAGAUCAGUUACAGAAGGCAUUUAUGAAUUGUGGAGAAAUUAUAGAAGUAAAGAUUCCAUCCAAUAAAGAUGGGAAAAGAAUAGGAUUCGGGUUUGUGCAAUUUUCUCAACUACAAGAAGCAAAAAAGGCUGUAGAAGAAAUGAAUUCAAAGAAAAUACUAGGAAGACCUAUAGCAGUAGACUGGGCGUUACCGAAAACCACAUAUGAAAAUACACAGAAUAACACAGGGAGUGAUGAUUCUGAAUUUGAUGAAGGGUCAGACAGUGAUGAUAGUUCAACACAAGAUGUAAAACCAUCAAUUGUUGAUAAAAAGACCCAUGAUGAUGCUGAUGAUGAUAAUGAUGACAGUGAUGAUGAUGAUUCAUGCAGUGAUGACGAGUCUGAAGAUGGUAUCGAUGACAAAGAAAAAAUCAUUAAAACAGAAGACCCUGAUGAUAUUGAUGUUGAUGAUGAUGACGAUGAUGAUGAUGAAGAUGAUGAUGAUGAUGAUAGUAAUGAUUUAGAUAGUGACAAUGAAGAUAAAGAAACAAAAAUGAAAAAAACCAAACAACCCCUAAAGAAAAGAGAACAGAAGAGUGAUACAGACGAUGGCUGCACUUUAUUUAUAAGAAAUUUAUCAUUUGAUUCAACAGAAGAAGGGGUAGAGGAAUAUUUCAGUCAGUAUGGUGAUGUAAAAUAUGCCAAAAUUGUGUAUAAUCAUGAAACAGAUCAUUCAAAAGGGAUUGGGUUUGUGCGAUAUAGUAACAAGAUGGCAGCCGAUGAGUGUUUACAAGAUGGGAAAGAUGGCAAGAUUUCAUUGGAUGGCAGAGAACUGAUAGUAACUGUAGCAGUAUCUAGAGAAAACGCAGCCAGUCUCACAGAAAACAAUAAAAAAGAAAAGGAAAAGAAGGAUAACAGAAAUUUGUACUUGGCUAGAGAAGGAUUGGUAAGGGCUGGUACACAGCAGGCAGAAGGACUGUCGAAGAUAGAUUUAGAUAAACGACAAAAGGUUGAGGAGUUGAAACGACAGAAAUUAAAGAAUUUGAAUAUAUUUAUUUCACCACUUCGUUUGUGUGUAAGAAAUAUACCUGUCAAUGUAACAGACAAAGAACUUCGGGAAGUAUUCAAGACUGCCGCAGGAAAUAAACAUGCCAAGAUAAAUGAGUGUCGGAUCAUGCGUGAUAGAACUCGGACAAACGCUGAAGGAUUAGGAAAGUCAAAAGGUUUUGCUUUCAUCAGUUUUAGUGACCACCAGCACGCUCUUUCUGCUUUAAGACAAACAAAUAAUAACCCAGAAAUAUUUGGAGAGAAUAAGCGGCUUAUUGUUGAGUUUUCUUUAGAGAACAGGAAGGCAUUAGAAACAAAAGAAAAAAGGAAAGUAAGAACAAAGGCUAAGUUAAUAAAAAAGGAUACAUCUACUGAUGGAAGGGUAAAAGUUAAGCCAAAUGCAGUGAUGCCACUUAUUCAUUUAAGUGAAAAAGACAAGAAAUUGAAAGGAGAAAAUGUUCAGAAAGGUUUACCUUCACAUUGGGGUCCAAAAAUUCGCCAUAAACCAAGACCAGGGCAGAUAAAUCAAGGUAAAAAGGGACAGAAUAAGCAGCAGCAGCCUAGACAUCAGAAUGUUGCUGUAAAAAGAAAACAGCCUGCAGAUGUUUUUGAGGACAAUAAACAGAAGAAGCAGAAGAGAACGCGGCAGAAAGAGACGGUCGAUGAUUUUGACAAGAUUGUGAACAGAUACAAAAAUAAUCUGAUUUCAAAGAAAAAAACUGAUGGCAAAUGGUUUGAGCGUAAAUAGAUUUCAACGGGGACAAUUUUAUAUAUAAAGAAAUGUGACCAUAGUAUUUUUAAUCCCUUAAAAAAAGCAUGGAUGCACAUGAGGUGGUUUAAAAAAUGUUUGAAAGCUAACCAAAAGAGUAUUCAUAAAUGGCAAUAUAAAUUUGAUGCCAUUGGAUGAAAAGUAGACAUCAAUGUUCACUGCAAAUAUUUGGUUGUAAGACCACACUAAUGCUGUAUUCAGGGAUCAUAUUGGUAUCUUAGUUACCCUAUUUAUAACACAAAUUCAUGACUCAUGGACCAGCUUCUGUCGAAAAUAGUUCCAAGGAGGGGCACCCGGGGUCUUCUUCCACAAGUUAAACAAACAAGUCGCCAUAUGGCAUUUAAAGCUUUGGUUUUGACUUAAAUGCCAAACAAACAAAAAACAACAUAAAAACCAUGUUAAUGAUGUUUGUUAUGGUUAUGUAUUGACGUUAUGUUAUCGGCACAUAUGAAGGUAUAUGUUAUUGAUUGAAUAUUUUGUUGUUGCUGUUAAAGUAACUAGGGACAAUAAUUACAUGAACUCCUAACACAUUGCUCAUAAAAUGUUAGGCAUAAACUGAAAAAAUGAAUUUUAUGAAUGAAAUAAAUUUUAGCAAAUAUUA